CACACACACACACACACUAGGGGAACCGUCAUUUUCCUACGCACCCUCUGACAUCAGCCACCUUCUCUGCAGCGACAGUUUUCUCUGCACUCAAAUUAAUCUGGGCGAUGAAAAAUGAACCUCUCCCCCACCCUAGCUGCCGCCUUUCGCCUCACGCCCCCAGAGAAGAGUUUCUCCGCCAGGAAGCCGGUGAAGGUUUUUUUCCAAGUCACAUGAUCCAGGAUGCAGGGGGAGAAUCCUUCUUGGAACAGAGAUGGGCCCUGAACCGGAUCAGAUGAGGAGAGAUAAGGUGUGAUGCGGGGCAGCCUAUAUAAAGAAUGGACCCAGGGCUGCAGCAAGCACGCAGCCCCGGAGCCCCUGGCGCAGACCCAGCCAUGCACGUGCCGCCAGAACCCGUGGCCAGACACUUGGGAACCACGACCCGCAACUACUUCUGCUUCACCACCGCCACGCUGGCUCUGUGUCUCAUCUUCACUGUGGCCACCAUCAUGGUGCUGGUGGUUCAGAGGACGGACUCCGUUCCCAGCCCGCCUGACAACUUCCCCCUCAAAGGAGGAAAUUGCUCAGAAGACCUCUUAUGUAUCCUGAAAAGGGCUCCUUUCAAGAAGUCAUGGGCCUACCUCCAAGUGUCCAAGCAUCUCAACAAUACCAAGUUGUCUUGGAACAAAGAUGGAAUUGUCCAUGGCGUCAGAUACCAGGAUGGGAAUCUGGUGAUCCAGUUCCCAGGUUGGUAUUUCAUCAUCUGCCAGCUGCAGUUUCUGGUUCAAUGCUCAAAUCAUUCCAUGGACCUGAAGUUGGAGCUCCUCGUCAACACAGAGGUCAAAAAACAGGCCCUGGUAACAGUGUGCGAGUCUGGAAUACAAACCAAAAACAUAUACCAGAAUCUCUCCCAAUUCUUGCUGGACUACUUGCCAGUCAACACCACCAUAUCAGUCAUGGUGGAUAAGUUCCAGUAUGUGGAUACAAACACCUUUCCUCUUGAGAAUGUGUUAUCCGUUUUCUUAUACAGUGGUUCAGACUGAGAAAUUUCUCUUGGCCUGCAGAAGAAAACGACUCUCUACCAUACAGUAUUUCAUCCGUUCGUCCCAACACUUGGGCAAAAAGAAAACGUUAGAGCAAGACUGAACUCGCAAAGGUAUUAAGUAGUAUACGUCUCCUUCUGUCUGUUGGGAAGAUACAGCUCCAGGGUUAAAAAAGGGAAGUAUUUUUCAGGUAGAAGACAGGGAAGCAGUGUGGUAUGGUGGGAAGAGCCCUAACUCUCUGGGCCUCGGAAGGGAGUGGGUUGCCCCAACCCAACCAUUCAUUCACUAUUUAACCUUGAGCUAUGCUUUCCCCUCCUGGAACUCAGACUCCAGAUCUGAAAAAUUAGGGGAUUUGGUUUGAAUCUCUCCAAAGUUUCCUUCACCUCAGAAGAUCAGACCUGUGAGCUGAAAUUCCAGGCAGAGAUCUGGAAGGUCCCAACCAAAGGAAGGCCCCACCUACCAGUAUGAACUGAUGGUAUCACUAACAUCUGACUGCAUGUCAUCCCAGCAAGUCAGAAUGUGGGGACAAUGUUCACCUGCCUUGCAGAAUAUGCCAUGUGUUCAGCAAACACCCCACCAGCCUGCAAUGGCCAAGGUGAUAUGGUCAUUUAGCCAGGAAACAGCUGCUGUCAUCUCCUGAAUGAUAUAUGGCUGUUUUAUACUUCAAAUAACCCUUAGAAAAUCAGUUCUGUGAUGGACUUUUAAGUCCCGACAAAGUUGUUGAUAGACAAUGGUGACGCUGGAAAUGGGGAGAACGUAGGAGCCCGGCAGCCUCCUGACCUGAUUUGAGCAGCUGGGAGAGUUCUCCAGCUACAUCAAGUUUGACACUCCCGCAUCGUCUUUGAAAGAGCGCCUUAUUUGUUGGAGGACUUUGACAAACAUCGGAGUUGGAAGUGUAACCCCUGAGGAUAGAGUUGAGUGAGAAAAGAAGACCGUCUGCUACUGCACAGAAGAGUGGAGCAAACGUUCAUUUUUUCAAGAAGGGAAAAGGUCUAAAAAAAAAAGAAGAAGAAGAAGGCCAGGCACUGUGGCACAUGCUUGUAAUCCCAAAGGCUCAGGAGGCUGAGGCAGGAGGAGCACGAGUUCAAAGUCAGCCUCUGCAAAAAGCAAGGCACUAAGCAACUCAGUGAGACCCUGUCUCUAAUAAAAUACAAAAUAGGGCUGGGGAUGUGGCUCAGUGGUCGAGUGCCCCUGAGUUCAAUCCCCGGUACCACUCCCCCCGAAAAGAAGAAGGAAACCACAGCAGUUGUGGUAUGGAUAGAGAGCAACGUGGAAAAAACAAAUGACCAAGGGGAAAGUGUAAGUCCCUCUCUGAGCAGCGUGCCUUGUCCACCUCCUCAUAGGUCACCCCUGUGAACCAUUCAGUAAAGCCUACCUUUCUCUUCAACUCUUUCUAAGAGUAGAUUCUGAGGGAGGAGCAGGCAUUGGAAGAGGGAUUGAAUUCCGUGAGCCAAGUGGCACAUGGUUAAAAGAGAGAGGCACACAAAGCUAGAGAAUAAGGGGAUAUCUGGCAUUUUAGUUGCACACUAAUGGGUUAGGACUCGUGAAUUUCCAUUGGACGGACUCAUGCAUUCUUUCUUUUAAUUUAAUUUAAUUUGUUCUUUUUUAGGUCUACAUGACAGUAGAGUAUAUUUUGACAUAGUAUACACUCAUGAAUGCAUUCUUGAAAAGGUACACUCAACCUAAUUGUGUAUAAACAAAGCAAAUGUUCUUCCCUCUCAUUCCUAAUUUGUUUUCACAUUUUACCAACUGACUUUCAUGCAAUGAGUGGUUCUUAAUCUGAUUUGCCACACAAUGCUCAGAAAGCCAAAGGCAUAAAAAUAAAUAGAUAAAUAAAUAUAAAUAUCAAUAAGUCAAAGUCUACAUAUAUAGGACUCAUGAUGAUUAAAACCAAAUUCUGUUACUCUGGAGGACUAAGCAUCCCUGGGAAUUUUAUAGCCAAAUGACACCAUCUAUGCAAGUGAAACAAAUCAUUUACCUAACUGAGGUCCCAGGCUACCUAAAAUAUAAGCCUCUACAGCAAAAUGUCAACCUGAGCUUAGAGACCCUUCCCUCUUUCUUUCUCCCACACCCAAUCCAAUCACACACAAUAUACUUGCAGAACAUGUAGAGGAAGGUGAUGGUGAGUUGAUGAACAAUACCAAGUUCAAGGUAGACCUGCCCUUGAAAAAAAAAAAUCACAUGACCUUGUCCAUGUUCACUAACUUUAUUUUCAACUGGCCUCCCAUCAUCUAGCCAGGCCUCCCAUAACUGCACCACCUAAUUCCUCCUCAGAAUCCCCCAGUCACACAAAAGGUGGCUCAGAAAAUGGCCCAGUGCCCAGAAAGGUUUUAAUAUGAAUAGUCACUAAACAGAGGCAGAGCUGAGGGAAGGUGGUCAGAUUCACAAACAGAUGAGACUUCCAGGAUCCCUGGAAUACACUGGCUAUUCCAGCACAGGGGACAAAACCCUUUAAUUAAAAGUAUCCAGAAGUCAGCCAAGUGUCCUCUCUGGUAUGCUCCUGAGACAUCAGCUAAGCCCAGUGGAAUUCCUAUCCGUGGGAAACAGAUGCUUGUCAAGUCCUGGCUAGAAUUUGAACCCAGAAUCUGGUAUCCUAUCUCUGUAAUUCCCCACUAGACUUUAUUGGAGUUCUCCUGUGACCUUUCAUGUACAUAUGUGUGUAUGCGUGCAUACACAUGUACAUAUGCAUCUGUGUAUAUGUAGACAUAUAUUAAUAUGCAUAUACAUAUAUAUAUAUAUAUAUGUAUAUUUUUUCCUACUCACUAUUUUAUAGGUCAUCUACUUAACCAGAGUUCAGGGUAGGAAGCCUGUUUAUUGCUCUGGGAAUUGCAAGACUUAUAUAUGCUUAUAUUUAUUUUUAAUUAAAAAGAGAACAGAAAAGAAUAUUUCUUCCAUUCCUCAUCAGCUUAUUUAAUAACUAUUAAUAUUUUGCCAUAUUUGCUUUUGCUUCUUUUUAAAGUAAAAGAAUACAUAGAGAGUUAAAAUCCCACUCCUCCAUCUAUUUCUCAAUUUCCUCUCCAGAGGUUAUAUGACCACUGCCCAGACGUGUAUGUGUAUGUCUUUCCCUUAGGUAAUUUUAUAUUUGUUUUCCCAUAGGAACACAUAAUACAAUUUUGUGUGAUUUUUAGAAUGUUAAUAAAUGAUAUCAUGCUUAUAUAAUAGUCUGCGACUUGCAUUUUUUAUGUAACAUUGGAAUUUUCAGAUCUACUCUACAUGUGGAUCUAGCUCACCCAUUUAAAUGCUCUGUUCUCCCGUUUGAAUACACCAUCGGGGGUCCAUUCUCCUAGGUAUGGACAUUUAGUUUGCUUACAGGUUUUUGUUGUUACACAAAAUACUGCAAUAAACACAUCUUCUUAUACACCUCCCA